GCUACUAUAGGAUUAGGUGCACAGAGAUUCUAGUUUCUUCUGUCGGUCGCUGAGCUCUGACAGCAUGCUGCGACCCUCUGCGCCUCCGGUCGCCUUCACAAUCUGCCUUCACCAGACUUGCCGACCAUAAGGCCAUAUAAUGCCAAUUCUGGUUAAAUCCGGUCAUAUCUAUGGCUCUGCAGACAUUUUGCCAGCUCAGUUUGCGUUUGGCGAGCGCAAGCUCGUGAGACGUCGUCUUGAUUUCUUGCACAAGCGUCGAGGAGUUGCUAGAGGGACCUUGAAUACUGGUCCGCGCAAGCCUGUGAUAUUGUGGACCCUUGUUCUGUGUUCAGCACUUGCCGGGUCAACUCUUGCUAAAUCGAGUAGCAGCCAGGCACGCGUGACGCAUGUGGAGGUCACGGAUAUUACACAUGUCUCUUGUAGUGGAGAAUGGACCUAUAACCUGGCUGGCGAGCUCAGAGAUUUUCCUUAAGCGGUGCAAGUGGCCUGGUCGUGCUGGAAGUGCAUGGAGCCCGAGUCAUGAUGGUCAGAUUGGAUGCUGUCUUCGCGCUGCCAGUCGUGGUGGCCCGGAAAACCGUCGCUAUGAGGGAAGCACCGCCGUGGUGAGUUCCACGGAUUGUGCGAAGCUGUCAUCGCAGCGCGGCAACCGCGUUGUACAGGCUGUUUGGUGUUUGCUCGUUGUACCGGCGGCUAUCUGCAGUCCCAUUGAACUGGGUCGGCGUUCAAUAUCAGAAAUAUCAUCCAGGUGGUAGCCUUUUCUGGCU